AUGCGUCCCGCGGUGCGCACCCCCUACUCCACACCCUGUGAACCCCUCUCUCCACCUUGUGCACCCCCUAGCUUCCCACAGCUGUUCACUCAUGUGUACACUGGUGUGCACCACAUCCCCUUAGAUGUUAACCCCUACACCCCAUCUUGUGCACAUCCCGCGCCCCACCGUGUACAUUCCCGGUGCCCCACCGUGCAUAUCCCGAGUCCCUCCAUGUUCGAGCACUCCCGACCCUGUGCAAACCUCUCCCCGCCUCCUCUUCACGCUUUUGCUUUGGUGUCUGAAGAGAUAAAAGAAAAGGUCAAGCAUUCCCAGGAUUUGGAUCAGAGUAGUCAAUCAAGGAAACACGACAUAGACUUGAAAGAAAUUGUGUUUGUCAUCCAGAGUCAAAGCAAUCCUUUUCAUGCCAAGAGAGCAGAGCAGUUGAGAAGGAGCAUUUUACAGCAGGCUUCGAAUCUGACACAGGAUCUCCCUAGAGUCCUCCUCCUCCAUCAAUUGGCAAAGCAGGAAGGUGCUUGGACCAUUCUUCCUUUGUUACCACACUUUUCUGUAACGUAUAGCAAGAAUUCAGCGUGGAUCUUCUUCUCUGAAGAAGAGACGAGAAUACAAAUCCGCAGACUCCUAGAAACACUCAGGCGAUUUGACCCCUCUAAGGAAUGGUUUUUAGGAAAAGCAUUGCACGAUGAGGAAUCCACGAUCAUUCACCAUUAUGCCUUCUCUGAGAAUCCUACAGCCUUUAAAUAUCCCGACUUCGCAGCUGGCUGGGCCCUUAGUGUCCCACUUGUGAACAAGCUUGCCAAGAGGUUAAAGAGCGAGCCCCUGAAGUCUGACUUCACGAUAGAUUUAAAGCAUGAGAUUGCCCUCUACAUCUGGGACAAGGGUGGAGGACCUCCCCUUACUCCUGUGCCUGAGUUUUGUACAGACGAUGCUGGCUCCCACUGUGCCACCACGUUCCAUUCUUUUCUGCCACUUUGUGGAACACCAGUGAAUAAGGAGGAGAUUUUUGUUGCAGUGAAAACAUGCAAGAAAUUUCAUGGUGACAGAAUACCCAUUGUAAAGAAGACGUGGGCGGCACAGGCAAGCCUUAUCGAAUACUACAGUGACUAUGCAGAAAGCCCCAUUCCCACUGUGGACCUGGGGAUUCCCAACACGGACAGAGGUCAUUGUGGAAAAACUUUCGCCAUUUUGGAAAGAUUUUUGAAUCGUAGCCAUGACAAAGUAGCAUGGUUAGUCAUAGUGGAUGAUGACACAUUAAUCAGCAUCUCCAGGCUCCGACAUUUGCUUAGCUGCUAUGACUCCAGUGAUGCGGUGUUUCUGGGUGAGCGCUAUGGCUAUGGCCUGGGCACAGGCGGAGGGGUGGGGGGCGGGGGAGGCAUGGUCUUCAGCAGGGAAGCCAUCCAGAGACUUAAUGCCAGGAACUGCCGAUGCUACAGUAAUGAUGCUCCUGAUGACAUGGUCCUGGGUAUGUGCUUCAGUGGAUUGGGGAUUCCCGUGACACACAGUCCCCUCUUCCAUCAGGCUCGGCCAGUAGAUUACCCAAAGGACUACCUCUCCCAUCAGAUCCCUAUAUCAUUUCACAAACACUGGCACAUUGACCCAGUGAAGGUGUAUCUCACGUGGCUGGCACCCAGUGAGGAAGGCAGCGCCACGCAGAAGACACAGAAGGAUCCAAGAGAAGAAUUAUAGAACAGAGCCUGGGGGAGCAGAUAAAGAGAUGCACCCCAACCGCUAAGUUGUGGUCCAGCUGCUUGUGUAUGCCACAUGGAAUAGAUGUUUCUCAGCCUUCGUGGAAAUAGGGUAUUUUUUGAUGGGUGGACUCAUAUGGGAGACUGGGGAAAAUCACUCCUUUUGAUUGAUGUCAUCAUUGUAACACAGUGAUUACUGUGUCCUUUUUUUUUUUUUCUGGGAUGUGACACAACAGCUUUGUGACUGUCACAGGAAAUAAAUGGUACCUGAAUUCUUUUUUUGUUUUCUUCAUUGUAAUGGGGACUCUAAUACAAGGAUAUGACUGGCUGUCAUGCUAUAUAAACAUUGUGUCUUUUGACAUGGAUAUUGCCAGUGGGAUGAACCUUUAAGCCAGCAAUUCUUAAUCUGUGGGUCACUACCCCUUUGGGGUUAAAAUGACCCUUUUACAAGGGUCACCUAAGACCAUCAGAAAGAACAGAUACUUAUGAUUCAAAAGAGUAGCAAAAUUAUAGUUAGGAUGUAGCAAUGAAAGUAAUAUUAUGGCUGGAGGUCACCAUUAGGAAGCAGCAUUAGGAAGAUUGAGAACCAUUGCUUUAAAGGGUCCUAUUGAUAGAAAUUAGUUCCCAGGUACUCAGUAGAAAUGAGGUACUGAGGCUGAUUCAUAAAUGUGAAAUCCCCUGGCUAUACAAUUAUGGUUUUUGUGUUUUACCUUCUCUGCUGGUGGCACCUUAGAAACAGAUUCAAGGCCAUCUGCUGAAGUUCCUGCUCAUUUUGAAGCAUGCAUUGGUAUCAUUCUCCCAGAAGCCCUCUCCUGGAGUGUAGAGUGUUGCCAGGAGUUAUGAUGCUGGGUCCACAGGUCUCUUCUGUGUCAGCAAAGCCGGUGGGAACCCGGUGGGAGUCUCAGGCUAUGAGCAGCACCUGGAGCUGGUGUAACUCUUGUUUUUCUCCAAGUGUUACAUAGUAACUUGCUUCUAUACAGCCUCUGCCCUGGCAGCUGCAGCACAGACCCUCAUGGAAGGACAGCAUAGGAUUUAGCAAUUUCCCUGUGUUCUUAGAGAAUGAAAUUGGAAUAAAAUGUUUUGAAGCAGCCCUCAUUUUCAAACCAUAGCUUUUAAUAUGUAGUAAUUUAAUAUGUAGUAAGUCAGUAUUAUUGUAUAAAAAACAUUGUGUGUUAACAUUUAAAGUGAUUUUGUUAUAAAAAAGGUAUUUGCAUAUGAUUUGAUCUCAAGCUCUUAAGUUUUGUAUAUUGUAAUGCUUUCCUUUAUGUUUUCAACCUGUUCAUUAACCUUGCUUAUAAGAAUUCCAAACUCCAAAGGUUUAAAGCAAUACCAACAAAAGUCCCUGUGUGUUUAUUUUUUUACAAUGUAUUUCUUUUUUCCAAGAAGCUUA